AUGAUGACGUCGGACCUCGCCCAAGACAGAGCGGCUGGUUCCCUGAGGCAGAGGGCGAGCGGGGCCUCGCUGGGCGGCCGCGAAUUCCGGCAGAAGGGACCUCGCAGGCGCCCCAAAGACUCGAUGAGCACUGUGUCUCAUGUGGAUGAACCUGGCCAGCAUGAGGAUGCCUCUCGCCUCACGGUUCAGAUGGAGAAUAGCUACCAGCUGGGUCCUACCGAACCUUUCCCUGCGGUUGUUGUCAAUCAUAUUUUGGAAGAUGUGUUAACUAACUACCUACAAGAAGAACACUAUGAACCAGAGCUCUGCAGACAGAUGACUAAGACGGUCUCUGAGGUUAUUAAAGCCCGGGUCAAGGACUUGCUGAUUCCACGGUAUAAGCUGAUUGUGGUGUGUCACAUUGGACAGCUGACAAGUCAGAGCGUACUUAUUGGAAGCAGAUGCCUCUGGGAUCCUAAAAGUGAUACCUUUUCAUCUUAUAUUUUCAGAAAUUCUUCCCUCUUUGCUCUUGCAAAUGUCUAUGCGGUUUACUGUGAGUGAUUGAAAACAAGAAAUCUAGCUCUUACUUCUUUAAAUCAAGAAAUUGGCUGUA